AUGGCAACGCCAUCCUCCUCCCCCUUCGACUGCUUCGCCGUCGGCCCGCCCACCGACCCGAACGCGCCGCCGCCCCCUCCACCCGACCCAUCCAUGCUGCAGCUGCCCCCACCCCUCGAAGGCUGGUAUGUGACCUGGGAGGAAGCCUUCGGGAAAUCCCAGGCCUUCGCCGAGUCCCACGGCUACCGGCUGGUGAAGAAGCGCUCCAGCAAGGGGGAGACCGGGGGCAACCAGCUCAAGGCGCUGUACCUGAUCUGCGACCGGGGCAUCUUCAAGCCCUCCGUCGCGAAAAUCCGCAAGCGGCCCACCCGCAAACGCAUCGGGUGCCCGUUCGACAUGUCCAUCCUGUGGAAUUCGCGCCAGGGCCUGUACCAGGUGCGCGUGCGCAAUCCGUUGCAUAACCACGGGCCCCGCGAGAAGACGCCGCCGCCGCGGGAGCCGUCGCCCGGGUCGAAUCUGCCGUUUUUGAGCGACGAGUUGCCGCCGCGAUUGGGGGAGGAGGAUGAGGGGGAUGAGGGGGAGGGGGAUCGGGAGGGAGGGGAGAAUACGCCUUCGGCGGAGUCGGAGGCUCAGCAGCAGCAGCAGCAGCAGGCGAGCAAGCCGGCGGUGAAGAGGAUCAAGAUUCGCGGGCUGCGGGAUGUCGCCGUCAAGGCUUAUUGUGAGUGGCAGGAGUCGUAUGUGCAGUCUCCUCUGCUCAAGGCGGAGUUUCGUAAGGCACGCGACGUGGCGUUGGAGAAUGGGCUGGAUCUCGAGCAGAUGCACUUGGACCAGGAUUGGGAGUUUUUCGUCGAAAAUGGGGUCAAGAAGGGUAUUGCGAGGCGGUUCAUUGAGGAUAUCGGGGAAUGGGCCAGGUUGUUUGAGGAGCUGUCGGGGAAUUGA